AAGAAUUUUCUUGGCAAAUUUGGGGGAUUUUUUUAAAAUGAAACUUUUAAGGGAAACUUUUAAGGAAUUGUUGGAAUUUUCUUCCUGAAGGUUUUGCAAAUUUUCAGAAAUUUGCUGAAUCUUUGGAUUUUUGUCAGACAAGGAAACAAUAUUUUUUGGUGCCUGUAAAUGAGGACAACAGGAGGGUUAAUUGAUCCCUUGUUGCAAUUAGGGGAAAUUAUGAAGUGGGACUGUAAUUUUUGAAGAACAAAUAAAGCAUUCUGCCUGUAAAAUAUGAAAAGUUAAAGCCAUUCAGGACAGUCUUAAUUAAUUCUGUACACUAAUGCUCACAGCAUUAUCCAUCCAAAUUGCAACACAAAAUUUCAAGAAAAUAGUCAAUUUGGAAUUGCUAAUCCGCUGCUGUUGUGUGAGCAUUAAGAUGAACAGCUGGUGGCACUAAUUCUCCACCUACUAGAAGAGAAGGUGGCGUAAUUCAAGGAGUGCAAUUUAAACCUCCAACUGUGGGAAAAGUAUGUAGAAAACUUUUAUAUUUUUAUCAGUUUAUUUGACAAGGACCGUGUACAGAAGAACAUUAACCCUCCUGUUGUCCUCAUUUACGGGCACCAAAAAAUAUAGUUUCCUUGUCUGAAAAAAAUCCAAAAAUUCAGAAAAAAAAAUCCCGGUGGGAGCGUCACGUGAUGCGGGGAGGGUCACGUGAUGCGGAAAGAGUCGGAGCGUCUGAACAGAGCUCCCGGGCCCAGUAUGACUUUGAACAUUUCAGGGAUACUUUAGUGCUAUAAAAAUAGCGCAACCAGGAGAGUAAUGCCACUGCAUGAACUCUGGGCGAAAACACCAGAUAACAAACGCCUUUGACGACCGAAAACACGAAAAACUCAGCCACAGCCAGAAGCCUCCGGCCCUGAUAAAAUGGCGGAAGAUGAGGAAACUGAUAGCCUGGUGGCGAAGAUCAGUGAAGGUGUGUUCGCUAAACUCAGCUCCAUUCUGGACGCUAAACUGGACCAGAUAGCCAAAUCGGUAAGCUCUGUGUGUGAGAACGUCAACGUUUUGGAGAAAAUAGUGGAGGACGCAGAACAAAGAACUUCUGACACGGAAAACAGCGUCUCAACUGCUAGCUAAACUUGAACACACCGAGGCCCGCCUGAGGGAGACCAUGCAGAGGCUAGAGGACCAAGAGAACAGGUCCAGACGGAACAACAUAAAGAUCAUCAACCUGCCAGAGUGUACAGAGGGCGACGAGGCUAAAGAAUUCUUCGAGACGUGGAUACCAAGGAUUCUGAGUCUUAAAGUGAAAAACGACCGGAUAAAGAUGGAUAGAUGCCACCGCAGCCCGGCGCUACUCCGGACGGGAUCAGAGAGACCGAGGAUCGUUUACAUCCGUCUCCAGAACUACAUGGAUAAGCAGCUGAUCAUGCAGACUGCAUGGAACAUGGGUGAGAUCUCCGCCUCCGGGAAUCGCAUACACUUUUUUGAGGACUUUUCACCCACGGUGGAAGGCAAAGAGGGCACUCCGGGUACUGGGGAUUCCCUACAGGAUGCUUUUUCCUGCGGUGCUGCGCGCCACACAUGAUAACAAAGUCCAGCUCUUCAGAACGGCGGCAGAGGCGCAGAGCUCCUGUCCGAUCAUGUGAACCUUCACCCAUCUGCAGCUGAAUCAUGAUGCCAAAGGAGAGUGUAGCUUCACCUGAAGAGGAAAGGCGUCCUUUGGUUUACUGAAGUGUGUUUCUGAAAGCUUUCCUGUGGAUCCAAACCCUCAGAGACCCGACAGGACAUCGGCUUGCGACCGACAGCGAUGGGUUCGUCUGGUCAAAGCUCGGCCUGGAAGCUGCUUCCAGUGCUCCUGCUGGGAAUGACCUGCUCCUCGCACGGCUCCCUGGUGAAGGUCAACAAGGGUUUAAAGGUGAAACAGGGUCAGCAAGCCUUCCUCCAGGAGGGCGACCUGCAGUUCCAUAUCCCCCAACAGAAGGACGCAUGCAAAGUGGAGGUGGUGUUGAAUGAGCCCAUAACUCAACGGGUGGGAAAGCUCCUGCCUCAGGUAUUUGACUGCCAUUAUCUUGCUGACGAGGUAAAGUACGUCCACAACGGCUGUCCGUUUUUAAAGGAGGACACUGUCAAGCUUCGUUUAUACAGGUUCACAGAGAUGGAGACGUUCAUGGAGGUGUUUUCUCUCCAUGUGGACAUUAUGGAACCUGAGUGCAGCAUCAUUCAACUGGGGCCCAAGUCCUUAGAGGUCCCAGAACUCUACGGCCUCUCCAAUGCUGUUGACGGCAACGUGGUGUCCUUCCACUAUGAGAGGAAGUCGAGUCUUGAGUGUAGCGUUCACCUCAGCACCUAUAACGCCCACCUGCCGGCCCACGGCCAACUGGUCACUGGAGAGCCAGAGAAAGCCACCAAGAGAGGGGACGAGCCGGAGAGCUUUAUUCAUCUCCGCCAGCAGCUAGAUAAUAAAGCCAGAGCCAUGUGUAAAUCUGAAGAUUGCCUGAAGGGUCUGAAGCUGGUAAAGUUCACCAAAAUUCCCUGCAAUGACUUCCUAGUGAUGGGCCUAAGGUAUCAGCAUAUAGACCCUCCGUCUCCAGACGAGGACUACAUCGCAAUUAGACUGGACCUCAAAGACACCAGGAGUGGCAGCAUUUAUCAGUCUGAACAAGCCUGGAUUCCAGUUCGGAUAGUUGGCGCGAUGCCCAACCAGCCUCCCAAACCGUCCUUCAUGUCCAUGUUUAUCCUGGAAGUAGACCAGUUCAUCCUCACUCCGCUCUCCACUGCUACGCUGGACGCCGAAGAUGAGGAAACUCCCAAACAGCUUUUGGUUUUUAACAUCACCAAACCCCCUGCGGACGGCUUCAUCACCCAUCUGUCCGAUCACACUCGUCCCAUCUCCUCUUUUACCUGGCUUGAUCUCAAUGACAUGCUCAUUGGUUACCAACCUCCAAACUCCUCACAUACCCAACGUAGGAAUUAUGAGGUGGAAUUUGAAGUUUAUGACUUUUUCUUUGAGAAGAGCCCAUCAAUAAAUGUCCACAUGUCUGUCAGGAAUGCAGACACGAAUGCCCCCAGAGUGUCCUGGAACAUGGGUCUCAGCCUGUUAGAGGGUCAGUCUCGUCCAAUAACGUGGGACCAGCUCCAGAUUGUGGAUAACGACAACCUGAACGCAGUUCGCCUCAUCACCGUGGAUGGCCUGCAGCAUGGACGACUCACUGUCAGAGGUGGAAAAGGCUUCAUGUUCACCGUCAAUGACAUCAAAGCCGGUGUGGUUCGCUAUCACCAUGACGACAGCGACUCCACAAAGGACUUCAUCAUCUUCCGCAUCACGGACGGCCCUCAUCAAACCCGACACAAGUUCCCCAUCAAGAUCCUCCCUAAAGACGACAGCCCUCCUUUCCUCAUCACCAACAUGCUGCUGGAGGUGGCUGAAGGCCAGACGGCUCUGCUCAGAGGCUCCACCCUGCAGGCUUCAGACAUGGACUCCAGCGAUGACUACAUCCUCUACAACAUCACACGCCCUCCACAGGCUGGAGAAGUCAUGAAAAUCCCAGGACUGGGGCUCACAGGAUAUCCUGUCAGCCACUUUCUGCAGAAGGACCUGUCUCAGUCUAGGGUUUACUAUCGACACCUUGGGAACGAAAUGUUCGAUGAUUCUUUUGAGGUGGUUCUGUCUGAUUUCCAUGAACCUCCAAACCUGUCAGAACCUCAAGUGGUGGUUGUUCACAUAGAACCUGUUCCAGACCAACCACCUAAAGAGGUUCCUGGUUCCAGUCGGUGCCUCGUGAUCAAGGAAACAGAAGUGAUCCAUAUAACACGGCAGCAGCUUCACUUUGUAGACCAGGAAUCACCAGACAGUGAGCUGACAUAUACCGUUACGACUCCUCCUUUCUCCACUGGUCCUCACAGCAGCAGUCCAGAUGCAGGGAGGUUGUUCCUGGUUGACAGCAUUCCUAAAUUCACCAAAGACUCCAACGCACCAAUGCUGAGGCUCUUCACACAACAUGCAGUGAACUUCAUGAAAGUAGCCUACAUGCCUCCGAUCAUGGAUAUCGGUCCGUACCCCCAAUAUAUCCAGUUUGUCCUGUCUGUAACCAACCACCUGGGGAAAACAGUCACCGGAAUCUGCUUUAACGUCACCGUGAUGCCAGUGGACAACCAGCCUCCGCAGGUUAUCACCAACCCUCUGACUGUAGAUGAGGGAGGAGAGUGCUGGCUCGGCCCCGAACACCUGCUGCUGUCGGAUGUGGACUCUGUGGAAGAAGUCCUGAAGGUGGAGCUUCAGAAGGAGCCACAUCAUGGAACUCUGCAGCUAGGAGGCCUUCCACUAAAACCAGGCCAGACCUUCACUCUGCAAGACCUGAAAAGCCUUAAAGUUCGAUAUAAUCACGACAGCUCAGAAACUACGGACGACAACAUUGAGUUUACUGCAACAGACGGCAUCAAUGCUGUCAGUUUUAUCCUGCAAGUGAAGGUAAACCCCAUUAAUGAUGAGGUCCCAGUGGUGGCUACUGGUUUGAAUCCAGUUCUCAGUUGUGCAGAGGGACAGGAAAUAGUCAUCACAGCAGAGUACAUUUACGCCACCGAUGCAGACAGCGACAACAACAUCCUGGCCUUCCUAAUAGCCCGGCAGCCCUAUCAUGGCGUGGUGCUGCGAAGUGGCGUCGUGGUCGAUCGCUUCAUCCAGGCAGACGUCACCGCAGAGAUCAUCACCUACAAACACACAGGACUGGAGAUUGGACUCGCUCCUCGCCAUGACACCAUCACCUUCGUCAUUUCUGAUGGAGAGUCGGAGACCUCGGCUUUAUGCUGCAAAGGAGAGAAUCCCAUCAGGACCAGAGGCACGGCUCAGCUACGAGACAGUCUUCCUGUUUACGACCUACAGAUCACAGUGUUUCCUGUCGACAGCCAACCACCUACUCUAUCAACAGGAGACAUCUUUAUGGUGGAUGAAGGUGGAACCGCCCCAAUUACUGCAUCUCAUUUAAAAGCCUCUGACAUGGACACAGUCGUGGAUGAGCUGGUGGUCAGUUUGAUUUCUCCGCCGCAUUUUGGAUAUAUUGAAAAUGUCCUUCCUAGUCCGGGUUUCGAGAAAAGCAACACCGGCAUAAGCAUAGCUUCUUUUUCAUACAAAGACAUCAUGGAGGGUCACAUUAACUAUGUACAGUCCAGACACCAGAGGAUGGAGCCAACAGCUGAUCAGUUCAUGCUCUGUGUGUCAGACGGCAAACGAAGCUCUGCCAACGUCCCAUUUUACAUCAUUAUCAACCCGACAAAUGACGAGAUCCCAGAGUUUGUGGCUCGCAACAUCACAGUACAAGAAGGAGAAAUGAAGCAGCUGGACUCAACGGUGUUGCAUGCGAUGGAUCUGGACGUCCCCAGGAACGUCCUCGUUUUCAGCGUCGUCAAACCUCCUCAGCAUGGCAGCAUCAUCGACCACAGUGGUGGAAAACCAAUCAACAAGAGACGAGAAGCCAAUCCUCCAGCCCCUGUGGUCGACUUUACCAUGACCGACCUUAUAAAUGGUAUGGAGGUGAUGUACAUGCACGACGACUCUGAGAAUAUGGAGGACAGUUUUACCAUCCAGCUGACUGACGGCAGACACAAACUGCACAGACAGGUGAUGGUUAAAGUGCAGCCAGUGAAUGACGAAGAGCCUCGCGUCAACAGGAACAAUGGACUGGAGGUGGAGCCAGGAGAAGCCAGACUUAUAUCCAGCGUUACGUUGCUUGCAGUGGACAGCGACAACCCCGCUUCAGAGGUCAUGUAUAUAUUCGACAGCGUUCCAACCCAAGGAGUCCUCCAGCUUAAGGAAAGUCGGACCUGGGUGACGCUGUCGGCGGGAAGCAACUGCACUCAAGAAAUGGUAGACAUGAACCUUCUGCGCUACGUACACACAGGCGUCGGCGAUGCUAAAACACAGGACUUCUUUGUGUUCCACUUGCUGGAUGGAAAGAAUCAAUCGCCACCACAGCACUUCCAGAUCUCUGUGAAGGAUCUAGAAAAAGGAAACAUUGCCAUCAUUGUGAAGCCGGUGAGCAUCAGCCGAGGCGACCGCGUGGUUCUCACCACAGAUGUGCUGCUGGCAACAGAUGGAACAGACAAACCAGAGGAGCUUCUGUACGUCAUCACCAACCCACCUGCUCACGGACACGUAGAGUACGUCAAACAUCCCGGACUGGUCAUCUCCACAUUCAGCCAGAUGGACAUAGCGGCCAACCUUGUGGCAUACGUCCACGACAACCAAGCCAGCAUACCCAAAGAGACCUUUCAGUUUGUUGUGAGUAAUGGUAAAACCAGUCGGAAUGGAAGCUUUGAGAUUGUGGUGGAAAUGGUGGAUCGCGUCCUGCCGUCUCUGACCUCCAACAAAGGCCUCUCAGUCCCCCAAGGUUCCUCCAUGAUCCUGGGUCCUGACUGCCUGUCCAUGUCCGACCCCGACACUCCACCCAGCGCCCUGACUUUUAUCCUCCUGCAGCCUCCACAGUAUGGCAAGCUGGUUUUAGCUGGUACCACACUGACCACCGGUUCAAACUUCACCCAGACAGACGUUCAGGAGUUAGAGGUGGCGUACAAACAUGACGGGGGGCCGUCGCAGAUCGACCGAUUCGCCUUCACUGCUUCUGACAGCACCAACCGAGGUUUCCUGCUGGACGGGCGGCUACAUACAGAACCUGUGUUCUUCACCAUUCAGAUCAAGCCUUUGGAUAAGUCGUCUCCUGAGGUUGUCAAGCUGUUCCCACUUUGGAAAGCAGAACUUUUAGCAGAUGGCCGAUACGGGAUCUUCCUGUCAUCUCGAGACCUGAAGGCUCAAGACAGCGACAGCAGAGAAGAAGAGCUCAUGUUCUUCAUCACUCGUCCCCCCUAUUUUGGCUACCUGGAAAACAUUACCACAGGUGGUUUUGUGCUGCAGCGCUUCUCCCAGUCGGAGCUGAACAGAAGAACUAUUGUUUACAUCGUCAAUCCAGACAGGGAGUCUCUCUCAGACAGCCUGGAGUUCAGAGUGUCUGAUCCUCUGGGUAACACUGGGCCUCCUCACAUACUUGAAUUCAGGUGGUCCAGUGUGGAGCUUUCUCAGGCGGAGUCCUCUGCAUGUGAGCAGCAGGGAACCAUCUCAUUGGACAUCAUACGGAAGGGGAACCUGGCAGAGUCGUCGUAUAUCACCGUCAAGGUAAAGGAGGGGACUGCAACCGCUGGAAAAGAUUUCCUCAUAAACCCUUCUUCACUCAUUCAGUUUGAUCCAGGAGUGUCAAAGCGGAGCUGGCAAACUGAGAUCAUCCAAGAUCUCCUUGAGGAGGCUGAGGAGACGUUUGAAGUGCUGCUGGUUUCUCCUGAAAACACAGUGAUUGGAAUCAUCAACAAGGCUCAACUCACCAUCAGGGACUCAGGAAGAGGGCAGUGCCGGCUAAACCAGGAUCGGGAGGCUCCUGUUCUUGGAGGGAAGGAGAUUCGGUCAGAUACGUACCCCCAACAUGGAUCCAUCCAGCUGGAGAAACUUCCUCUUGGUACGGAAUCAGUCAUCUGGACCCGUGGAGACAGCAUCCACAAGCCAGGAGGAAGAGUAACGAAAAAGAAAAUCAGAGUGAUGGGCAAUCCAAAAUCAGUUGCUCCUUCAUCCGUUUUCCACAACGGAACAGACAUAGUUUACACCUAUCACGGCAUCAUGCAAUUGCAAGUGGAAGACGACACCUCGACAUCCAGGAAGGGCAGGAAGGCGAACAUCCAGGUGGUCAGCAGGCAAACGCAGCAGCAGCAGCAGGCGUCGGCAGCGAUUACAAAGCUAAAACUGGAUCCUCAAAGAAAGACCUCAAAAGCUCAGAAAACAGGACUGGAUGAAGGACAUGCUUCAGCUAAUAGCCCCGUCCACAAACCCUGUGUGCCAGAACUGAUGGGACUCCUGCAUUUCAACCAAACCACCAAUCAGCUCUUUCACUGCAACGGCGUCUCCUGGAAACCCUGGGCACCGACUGAUCAGAUGGUGAGCGCUCAGAUGUGUCCUCAGGGCUGGACUUUCCAUGGCGGUUGUUGCUACGUCCUCAGUGCUGAACACAAGGCCACAUGGAGCGCAGCUAACAGGGCCUGCAGGGAAAGAUAUAAAGGAGCUCUGGCCAGUGUUCUCUCUAAAGUGGACAUGGACUGGCUGUGGGACUUCAGUGGAAGAAAACCAUUCUGGAUAGGCCUGAACGACAGGGAGGGUCGAGGUCGGUGGGAGUGGACGGGAGGCGAGCCGGUCGUCUUCACCAACUGGAGGAAGACGCCUCCUCGCUCCAAAACGAAGGGCAGCAGAAAGUGCGUCCUGGUUUGGAGACGAGCGAAGUGGCAGAUCAGGGACUGCAAGACGAGCAGAGGCCAUCGCUUUGUGUGUUCAGUGAAAACCUGAAUCCCUCUGUGUGGUUUCAGACGAGGAAGGACUGAUCCUCGGGAGGCUUUCACUGCAACAACACACCACUGCCUGGGAUUCGUAAUGGAAUUUGUGAGAGUUACGAUGCUGCGUGAUCUCAGUGGCCUAGUUUACCCUGCAUUUAUUCUAAUUAACCAAUAUUGUUACAUAUGUAAAGCUCCUUUUUAAAAAGUAUUCAGUGUAUUUUUGCUUUUUUAAUGCUUUUCAGAAUAACUGACUUGUUAUUUUAAUUUAUAUUGUGCUAACAUUGUACAUAUUCUUAAAUUAAUUUGUGUUUAAUCAGAGGAUCACAACCCAACUGGCACACUGUGUAAAAAUAUAAUGAAAACCUCUAGUUGUACUCAACUUAUUGGAUAUUUGGAGGCAAAAGGGAAGAUGCACAAUGUACGGUGAGGGUCAACAGCCAAUUUUUGUUUCCUUUAAAUGGCUAAUCGGGCCAUGGACUGAAUUUAACCCUCCUGUUGUCCUCAUUUACGGGCACCAAAAAAAUAGUUUCCUUGUCUGAAAAAAAUCCCAAAAUUCAGCAAAAUUCACUGGAUUUUGAUUUUUUUAGUGAAUGCUCUUAAGAAACAUUUUUAACAUUUCUUUUUUUCCACAAAAAAAUGUUCAAAGAUUUCCCAAAAAUGUUGAAAAUGUGGACAUCAGAAGUUUCACUAUGAAAAUAUUUAUUUUUUCCACAUUUUCAAACUUUAAAACGGGUCAGUUUGACCCGCAGGACAACACGAGGGUUAAUUCCACGUUCUUUUCACUUUUUCUAUCAAUCAUUGCUUCCACAUGCUUCUGUAAAGACUAAAAUCAGGCUUUGUCUCUUGAAUUCCAUUCAUGUAAACAGAAAACGCUUCAAAAUAAAGUGGAUAUAAAAGUUAA